CAGGAGGAACAGAUGAGGAAGGACCCAGCGCUCACAAAAAAAACAUGACUGAAAUGAAAUCCCCGCAUCUCAGCGAUAAAGUAGACGUUGUUUUUAGAGAAGAAGGGGAUCGAAUUUUUGGUUGCUUACCCAAUGAUGAUUUAGUAAAGAUUGCGAAGAUCCCGGAGAUGUCUGAGUAUGCAAACUGCAUGUUAGACCGUCGAUAUAGAAUACUACAUUACCGGGAUGGUGAAAUAACCCCGAAAUAUUUGAAAAAGGCUUUGGAACUGGUAUCUAAGACGAAUUUCACCAAUUCUCAGCAUCGAAAAUCCUUCGCGAUGAAUCAUUGGACACCAUAUCAAGCUAUUUUAUUUGGUAGAGGAAAACCGAUCAAAGUCAUAGCUGGGGCGAACUAUCCUUAUCCAGUGCUAAUAAUCACGUCUGAGAAAGAUCAUUUAGAAAUAGACGAGACAUUCGAACAUGCAGAUGAUCCAUGCGACCACAAUGAAAUAAAAGGAAGUCCAAUGAACGGAGUGUUUAUCCCAAGCAAUUUGUUGGUGUACUACGGUGACAGUUCUUUCUGGAGCAUUAACCUUAUAUCUGUUGUAGAAAAACAUACGGACUAUAUGGAAAUACUGGAAUACCUUGAAGAUAAAGUGAAGUUCGUCAUUGUGAUUAGUAAUGGUAUUGAAAAUACUCGUGAAAGCGCUAUAAGUGAAGCACUGACGGCAACCAAAGAAAUUCGAAAGGAAGUUGUUAGCGCACCAAUUUGCGUUGUUGCUCAACCGGACAAUCGACGUGACGUCACACGCAACAACCGCUCGAAAGGAAAUAGCACAGUGUUGAUGUUUGCAGGAUCUGACGUAAACGCAUCGACCCUUCUCGUAGAUAAAAAUGAUACCAGCGAAAUAUUGAAAACAAGGUUUACGAAAUGGAAGGAGGAAUUGCUCUUCCUUAACAGUUAUGAAGUAAUAGCCUUCCAUUUUACUGUCGUCAAUGGCACUGAACCAAAGGAUAGCGAAGAGAUAUUCAGUGACAUAUUCCCAGACAUUCCGUUGAGUACAUUACGUUUAUUUGAUGAAUCAUCGACGACUGGUGUUGACUAUCAAGUUGUAAGGGAAUUUGAUUUUUAUGCCGGUCCCGUGUAUGCAAUUGUUGGUUUUCGAAAAUCUAGGAAAAAACAUUUAGUUGUGGAGAUUGUUUCCGAUGAUAGUGAUUAUUCCGAUUAA